GAAGAGAAAGAUUCAACUAUUCAAGGGUAGGACCGUAGGAUGAGGGGUGUGGGAUUUCCCAAGAAGCCCCUUCUAUCACGCGUGAACGCGUGAACGUCUUGUAGAGCAUUUCUGAAUCAUCAACUCUGCUAGUCUGCUUAACUGCUUAACGCCAUCUCUGGAACAGGACAGGCUUACCUUAUUUAGUAAGCACUGGCAUGGCACUGGGUUAACGAAAUACCUUGGUGCCUAGUCCUGAUUUGAUUGUAUUAUGCAUGGUUCAUCGUUUUUAGACAUCGUGACAUCUAGCGGCUAAUUGUUGAAACUCGCUUUUUAUCCCAUACGUAUUUGCCCAUGGUUUUUUUUUUUCACUUUUGUGUUCUUCUUUCAGUCUCUUCUAAAUAACGUCACCUGCCUUUAAUAACGUCACCUGCCAUUGGUUAAUUUUGUAUCUAAAGAACAAACGAAGUCUUUAAAAAAUAAUUUGUUAAUUGAAUUUGACAACCACAACACCAUAUCCAUUGAUUUCAAAUUUUUACCAAUUUGUUUGGAUAGAUUUUGUUUCCUUUGAUUACCUAAAAGCGCUAAAAGUCAUUGAAGUCGACAGAUUCUGUCUUCUAUCACAUACUUGAGGCCAUGAUUUCAUCUGGUGAUGGAUACAGAUUGGUUUCAGAACAUCGGUCUGGGUUUCCAUCUAAUCCUUCUGUUUGGUCUUAUGGAAUGGCUAUGCCUUGGCAACAUCCAGGCCAACAACUUGCAUUUCCUGUUCCACUGCAUUUUGUGACUCCACAGCUUAAUACUCAGUGGUUUCCUGUAGAAAAUUUUGCUAGCCUUCCACACAAGCCUAAGAUUAAUAAGGAAAACACAUCUACAUUUGAAAACACAAAACCUUCACGCAGAUUUAGUGAUCCUGGACCAAGGGUACAAGUUAGUAAUAGUAGUGAUAAACCAUCCCUUUCCCACAAGAAUAAAACAGUGAACGAAGACAAAUGGCACCAUUCUGAAAAUCAACAUAUUGCUGAUGAAGCCAAUAAAGACAGGAUUUUUAGUAAUUUACUUCAAGAACUAAGAACUGCACGUGAUUUUAAUCGCCAACUUUGUCUAGAACUCCAUAAGGCAAAUAUGAAACUGCAUUUAACCCAGCAGCAUGCUAAUGAGCAUCAACCAGGCUCUAUGGCAGCACUUGUACGAAAGUUAUAUGAAGCACAUCACAUACGAAGUGAAGUGCUUUCUAACUGGAGUAAGUCAGGGGAGUCAUUUGGAAGAAAAAGUAGUUGCACAUCAAACAAGUUCGAUUCUGACGACCCUGAAGAUUCCUUGUUGAAGGAACGGGAAGUGCUAAUUACUAGAUUGCAGUCAACUGAAAAGAAGAUUCAGCGUCUUCGAAAUGCCCAGUGGAACGGCGCAGCAACGGAAAGUCCUUACUGUCAACACAAUGUAGAACAGCGCUCGCCUAUGAACACAAGUCGGUGUAUGGGUGAUGUACUUUCGUUCAACAAAGUGUCGCGGAACCACUCGUUUGCAAUGACUUCACCUUCCACAUCGGAUCCUCCAUCGCUUGAAGACCUUGACAUUACCAGUUCCAAACAUUAUGGAGGUAUAAGUACGACCAAUUCAGGCCUCUCGCAUCAUCUUCUGCAGCCGAGCCGGCCUUUACUCGAAGGGCGGACAUACGUGCCCAACAGCAACAUCCUGAUCCAAGGUGCGACUUCUAUGGCCGGCCCGACACUGAAGAGGGACAUCGAAUUACAAUUAGCGACGGUGGAGCGCGAUCGUCGUCAGCUAGAACACCAACUUCAGGAUUCAAUCGGAACUCGGCGUCUCUCGGAAGACCGUGUCAUCAAGCUGGAGCGACUGGUCUCGGUCCUGAGGAAAAAGUUGGAUAUGCAGACUACGAUCCACAAUACGAGCUCAUCCAAUUGCUCAGCUGCACUGCCUUCGCCGACUGAAAAUAACAGGCCGACCAAUACCAAUUAUUCGACAACCCCAAAUGACUACGCCGCUUACCCGACCUCCGGUAGGGCCAGCCAGCUGUCAAUGGAAGGGCCGACUUCUCUGCCUUCUUACCUUCAAGUCGUCGGACCCAUUACCCAACUCUAACGACUGGCGUGUCUGUAGUCAAACAGCUCAAUGCGCCAUUUAUUCACACCCACUCCCCCGUACGAUAUCAACUUCAAAAAAGGCGAAUCGAAUUUAUUUAACCUUAAAAUAUGUAUUUAGCCAUCAAGAGCUGUCGAUCGUCUCAUGUUUGCACUUGGCUAUACUUUCUUCGUUUUUUUUAGGGGGGGGGGGGGGGUAGGGUAUAAAACCUUGGAGUAGAUUAAAAAAGCGAGGUAAUGAGACCGAAUUGUAUUUGUUUGCGCGAAAUCUGUUUCGAUGAUUUAAAAAACGUUCGUAUGUAAUCAGCAAAAUGUCUAGAAUGUCGGAAUACUUUUCGCAAAUUUAAUUACUAGUCCCCCGAUUGCGUGCACUUCUUACGUCGAGAAUGUUUUGGACUUUUUUUUUUAAUUAUUAUUUUUCGGGUUUAUACGGCAUGAUCCUAGUGCCAUUCUUAGAAUGCCGUUAGUCUGUUGUUCUUCAAGGGCCAUUCUAAACCGUCCGUCAUCUGCCAGUGAAUUCUACGUGCCUGGCUGUCUGUGUGUUUCGUUUUGUCUUUGAUUUUCUUCUCUGAUUGAAUUGAUGUCUAAGUAGAAUUACGCUUAAGAGGUGCCUUUUCUUCCUUUUUUAUAUCCUUCAACCGACUGUUGUAGUUUUUCCACGUUUGUUUUGACAAAAUGCAUAACCGUUUGACAAUUUUGUAAUGAUGUAUGAGCUGAAAUACUAGAAUAAUCUUCACCAGG